CCAUUGGUUUGCUGGUUUAAAAUUCAGGGAUUAAAUAGCCUAGUAUUAAACAUUUUACAAAACUAGAGAAGGUUCUGUUCUUUUGAAAAUAAAAUUGAUCAAAAGUCGACUUCGUUCAAGCCUGAUUCAUUUAAUACUUUUGAUGAUAUUGUUAAGAAUUUUGCGAAUGAAAAAUGCCGUAAAAAGUCUUUUUAGUAUAAAAAUUCGAAAGUGCGUUUGUUUUUACUGUAUACAGCUGAAAUUUGAAACACUACUUAUAUUUUACUCUACUCUUUUACGCUGUAUUAGAUGACUAAGUUAAAAUGGUUCCCCACACAUUGAUCGGCUCUGGGGCCCCCAAAUUCUUAAUCCGGCCCUGACUAUAUAUUUAAUUUAACACCUAGCAUGCAUUUUAAAUCACAUCAAUUUAGCAAUCACAUCAAUUGCGGAUUUCUAAGGGUUUACAAAAGUCUUUUAAUUUUGCUACGCCAACAUGAGCGAAACUCAGCAUUUAACAGAAGGUUCCAAAAAGCCCAUUUUUCCGGAUGAUGCGAUCUUGAAAGUGUACUCGAUGCGAUUUUGUCCAUUUUCACACCGUGUGCACUUGGUUCUGGAAGCCAAGAACCUGCCUCAUCACACUAUUUACAUCAAUGUGGACAAGAAACCCGAGUGGUUUCGCCAGGUGAGCAGCUCCCUGAUGGUUCCGGCAUUAGAGGUGGUCACCGAGCCGGGAAAUCCAGUCAUUAUAGAAUCGCUCAUCAUUUGCGACUACCUGGACGAAAAGUAUCCGGAGGUACCGCUAUAUCCCGAUGAUCCUUUCAAAAAGGCAAUGGAUAAACUCCUGAUCAAGAGCUUCACGCAUUUUAUCGAAACCUUCCAUAACCUAGUCUUUAAUCGGAACCCCACCAACUUGGGGCACACGGACUACUACGGCGGACUGGAGAUCUAUGAGAAGGAACUAAAGCAACGUGAAACCAACUUUUUUGGUGGUUCCACUCCAGGAAUGCUGGACUAUAUGAUUUGGCCCUGGUGCGAACGUUUUCCAUCUUUAAAGUUCACAACGGGCAAUAACUUUGAAUUGAAUCCGAAGCGAUUUGCCUCAUUGCUGAAGUGGCGCGACUUGAUGCUCCAGAACAAGGCCGUUAAAAAGUUGUAUUUGGAUGGAAAAACCCAUGGAGAUUUCUUAGCUUCUCGUAACGCGCUUGCUCCCGAUAACAAUAUGCUCUUCAAUAAAGCCAAGCGUGCUAAAAAGGAGUGAAGAUAUUUGGCGGUGCCAUCGCAGGCCAUUGAUUUUAAAUAAGAUUAUUGUGAUUAAAAAAAUAAAAAGUUUAUGCUUUUAAAUAA